AUGAUAGCAGAUCUACAUUGUCGCAGACUUGGGGAAGAUACGCUCGAAGGCAAAGAAGUUCUUCAAAAAGAAUCACGCACGAAGCAGGGUUGGGUUCGAGCACUCAGAAAACACAAAGAAAUCUACUUUAUAGAUUUAGUGGAUGGUAGUAGUGCAGAAAGAUUGCAAGUUUUAAUUGCAGCUGACAAACAGUGUCCCAGUUACGGUAGCUCUAUCCAAGUAGAAGGUAGUCUAGUUAACAGUUCUCACAAAGGUCAGACAGUUGAAUUUCAUGCAGCUAGUUGGAAGGAAAUUGGAGGCUGCCAUUCAGAUUAUCCUUUCGCAUAUGGUCAGAAGUAUAGUCCAGAGUAUGUUAGACAGUAUUUGCACUUGAGACCUAGGACAAGGAAGUUUUCGUCAAUUCUUCGCAUCAGGAAUGUUGCAUCUUUUGCUGUACACACCUUCUUUCAAGAACAGGGCUUCUGUUUCUUACACACUCCUAUAAUAACAGUAAAUGACUGCGAAGGGGCCGGAGAAGUGUUUUCAGUCAAAGCAAGUCAGGAAGUGACUCCUAAACAACCUGGGACAACCAUUUCCAAAUGCAUUGACGGUAAACUGCCAGAGGUAGCAAGCAUCAACAAAGAAUUAUCAGAUGAUUCAGAUAUCGAUGAAGAACCAUCAGCUGAAACCGAAGAGUACUUUGGUUCCCAAGCAUAUAUGACUGUGUCUGGACAACUCCAUCUAGAAGCCAUGGCAAGUGCUAUGGGACCUGUUUAUAAUUUUGGUCCUGUCUUCAGAGCUGAAAAUUCACGAACACGACAGCAUGCAAGUGAAUUUAGCAUGGUGGAAGCUGAAAUACCAUUUAUUAGCAAUCUAGAUUCCUUAUUAGAAGCAAGUAUAAAAUUAGAUUAG